AUGUUCGUCUGGCAGAUCAGUCCAUACCUUGUCUUCCUCCCAUGGCUCACCAUGGCCUGCAUGGAUGGUACGUAUCUGUCGUCGGCGCUGAUCAAGGUUCCUCAAGGUGCCUGGUUCACGAUCGCCCUCGCUGCAGUCCUUGCCAUGCUGUUUCUUUUGUGGCGAUACGGCAAAGAACAACGGUGGUUUGCGGAAGCUGAGGACCGGUUCCCCGCAUCACACUUCAUCGUAUCCAGCUCAGAUGGCCAAAUGUCCCUGUCCAACCGAUACGGCGACCUUCCAGUUAGCGUCAACCGCGGUCUUGGGAUCUUCUUCGACAAAGCGGGCGAAGCGACUAGGAUCGUGUUCAGCCAGUUUGUGCUUAAGCUCAACUCUUUGCCCGAGAUGAUUGUGUUCUUCCAUCUCCGCCCCCUCGAGCAACCUUCAGUCGCCGCUGAGAAUCGAUUUACCGUGUCGCGUUUGACCAUUCCAAAUUGUUACCGGCUGGUUGUUUGA